CAGCUUCUUCUUCUUCUAAUCUUCUUGAUGUGAUGUGGGUAGAAGCAAAGUAGUAGCGACCUCUGUCUUCUUCUCCAUCGUGUUUAUGGAGCUUUUACAUACCUCCUGCAAUUUGGAAACCAUAACCUUCAUUGCUCCCCCUUUAAAAUCUUGCAACUUUGGUUCUACCCCUCUCUUCUUCUAUCCUCGUCGCGUAACCUUGUUCUCAGCUUACCACAGUGGCCGGUUUGCUGUUUCCGCCUCUUUGCAGCACGGAGAUUCUAAUCAUAGCUCCAAUUACAGGCAGACAAAUCACGAGGAGCAUGCCUCUCUCGCGCAGAUGUCAAUUUCUGGGUUUCUCCGACAAGAGAUUGGGAUCUCCGAGGUCGAUUCAGAUUUUAUUUCUGAGAAUUGUCCUAAAUACACGCGAAUGAUUGUAGAGGGAGUUAGGGAUUUGGAGGAAUGGAAUUCGUGGAAAGGGAGUGGAGAAUCUGAGGGUUUAGGGUUUAAGGAGAAAGUGAUUUACAUGGUGAAACAGAAGGGUGAUGGUGGGAAAGUUGCCUUUUUGGAGAGUCUUGGUUUGAGUUUGUCUUCUGCUAUGUAUUUGGCUCAUUACGUCUCCUCUGAAUCGCUUCCCAUUCUUCUCGAUAAGGUUAAGUACCUCAAGGAAAUAUUCUUUUCUGGCAGUGAUGAGAAAGGUCCUGUUGGAAAGUAUGCACGACGAAUGAUGCUUUACUUAUCAAUUCCUAUUGAUGAAGAUGUGCAGCAAACUCUUUCCUUUUUCGAAAAGAUUGAAGCAAGGCGUGGAGGCUUGGAUAUGCUGGGCUCUGUAGAUGCAUCAUUCAGAUUUUUAAUCGAGUCAUUCCCUCGGCUUCUUCUACUUUCGGAAGAAAAUGAUAUAAAGCCUAUGGUGGAGUUUCUAGAAAGCAUUGGUAUUCCUAAAGGUUGCUCGGGAAAGGUACUUCUUUUGUACCCUCCUAUCAUGCUCAGCAAAACUGAGGAGAUCAAAAGAAGGGUAGCCGCUGCUCUGGAGAAGGUUCAAGUGAGUGUUGCUUACAAGGAUUCUGGAAAAGUGCUGCAGAAGUAUCCGUGGAUUCUCUCACCAAGCAUACAAGAGAACUAUUCCCACAUCAUCUCAUUUUUUAACAGUGAAUCAGUGCUUAAAAUGGAUAUUGACCACGGAAUUAGGAGAUGGCCUUUACUGCUCGGUUGCUCAGUGAGCAAUAUGGAGAUGAUGGUGAAGGAAUUUGAUAAAAUAGGUGUUAGAGAUAAAAGAAUGGGGAAGGUUAUACCCAAGAUGCCUCAACUUUUGUUAUGUAAACCCCAAGAAUUUCUUAAGGUUGUGUGCUUUUUGGAAGAUUUGGGAUUUCAGAAGGAAAUCGUUGGUCAAAUACUCUGUCGAUGUCCUGAAAUAUUUGGCUGCAGCAUUGACAAUACCCUGCAGAAAAAGCUCAUCUUUCUCACUCGUUUUGGUGUUUCCUCUACGCAUUUUCCCCGAAUCAUAAAGAAAUACCCGGAAUUUCUUAUAUACGAUGCAGACAAAACAAUAUUUCCACGGCUAAAGUACUUGAUGGAAAUUGGGAUAUCAGAGAGAGAGCUUGCCUUUAUGAUUCGCAAAUUCUCACCUCUAUUAGGAUACAACAUCGAGAAAGUGUUGAGACCAAAGUUAGAGUUUCUGUUGAACAGUAUGAAGAAGCCGGUUAGAGAGGUAAUAGAAUACCCGAGGUAUUUCAGUUACUCGCUGGAGAAAAGGAUAAAACCACGGUUUUGGGUACUCAAAGGGAGGAACAUAGAAUGUACAUUACAGGAAAUGUUAGGCAAAAACGAUGAAGAGUUUGCUGCUGAUUUCUUGGGUUUAGGAGAGCUUCAAACUCACAACCGAACCUCUUAGUUAUCUAUAGGCCAAAAGUUUCUUUGAGAAAAUCACGAAGUUAUGAGAUUUGUGAUAUCUCUGAAGGUUCUAAAGUUUUGUCUGUUGUUGUAUUGUUCAUAUAGCCAGUUAGUGUAUGUAACUACUGUUCUUGUAUACAGGAAAAAAAAAAAAUGAAUCCAAUUUUUGUAUCCUCUUUAACCAAAAAAAA